CGGAGGUAGGGGGACCGGAGUCGGCCCGGUGCCCGGACGAGUCUUCGGACAGCGAGCCGGACCAGGAGCCCGGAUCCCCGCAGAAGCUCAUCCGGAAGGUGUCCACGUCCGGUCAGAUCCGCAGCAAGACGGUGCUGAAGGAGGGAAACCUGAUGAAGCAGACCAACUCGUUCCAGCGCUGGAAGAGACGCUACUUCAAACUGAGAGGGAGGACGCUGUACUACGCCCAGACCUCCAAGUCGAUCAUCUUUGACGAGGUGGACCUGACGGACGCCAGCGUGGCCGAGUCCAGCACCAAGAACGUUAACAACAGCUUCACGGUCAUCACCCCCUGCCGACGCCUCAUCCUGUGUGCAGACAACAGGAAGGAGAUGGAGGAGUGGAUGGCGGCUCUACGCAGCGUCCAGAACAGACAGAACUAUGAGUCCACCCAGUACAGCAUGGACCACUUCAGCGGGAUGCACAACUGGUACGCCUGCUCUCACGCCAGACCGACGUACUGCAAUGUUUGCAGAGAGGCGUUGUCAGGGGUGACGUCCCACGGACUGUCCUGUGAAGUGUGUAAGUUUAAGGCUCAUAAACGCUGUGCAGUCAGAGCCACCAACAACUGUAAAUGGACGACGCUGGCUUCUAUUGGGAAGGACAUCAUCGAGGACGAGGACGGGGUGUCCAUGCCUCAUCAGUGGUUGGAGGGGAACCUGCCGGUCUCAGCCAAAUGUAACGUCUGUGAUAAAACCUGUGGCAGCGUCCUCCGUCUGCAGGACUGGAGGUGUCUCUGGUGUAAAGCCAUGGUGCACUCAGGCUGUAAGGAGCAGCUGUCCUCUAAGUGUCCUCUGGGUCAGUGUAAAGUGUCCGUCAUCCCCCCGACUGCACUCAACAGCAUCGACUCUGACGGCUUCUGGAAGGCGUCCUGUCCUCCGUCCUGCACCAGUCCUCUGCUGGUGUUUGUCAACUCUAAGAGCGGAGACAAUCAGGGGGUGAAGUUCCUGAGGCGCUUCAAACAGCUGCUGAACCCGGCUCAGGUGUUCGACCUGAUGAACGGGGGUCCUCACCUGGGUCUGCGUUUGUUCCAGAAGUUUGAUACGUUCAGGAUCCUGGUGUGUGGGGGAGACGGCAGCGUCGGCUGGGUUCUGUCCGAGAUCGACGCUCUCACGCUGCACAAACAGUGUCAGCUGGGAGUUCUUCCUCUGGGGACCGGGAAUGAUCUGGCCCGGGUUCUGGGUUGGGGUUCAGCCUGUGACGACGACGACACACAGCUGCCUCAGAUCCUGGAGAAACUGGAGAGAGCCAGCACCAAGAUGCUAGACAGGUGGAGUAUUAUGGUCUAUGAGACGAAGUUUCCACGGCAACACUCCGGCUCCACCGUAACCGAGGACUGUAGCGACGACUCUGAGGUUCAGCAGAUUCUCACCUACGAGGACUCAGUGGCUGCUCACCUGUCCAAGAUCCUGUCCUCUGACCAGCACUCUGUGGUCAUCUCCUCCGCCAAGGUCCUAUGUGAGACGGUGAAGGACUUUGUGGCCCGUGUUGGUAAAGCGUACGAGAAGAACACAGAGAGUUCAGAGGAGUCGGAUGUCAUGGCCAAGAAGUGUGGUGUGUUGAAGGAGAAGCUGGACUCCCUGCUGAAGACUCUGAAUGAGGAGUCUCAGGCCUCCACCGUGCCCCCCCCGGCCCCUCCCCCCACCAUUGCGGAGGAGCAGGAGGAGGCUGAGGGAGUCGUUCUGCCUCCUUCUCUUCGUCAUCAGCGUCAUCACCAUCAUCAUCCUCUUCCUGCGCAUGCCCAGCCCUGCUCCCUGCGGACCAGUGCCUCCUCCUCUGCGGCGGCCAUAUUUAAACCUCGAGAGCAGCUGAUGCUGAGAGCCAACAGUCUGAAGAAAGCCAUCAGACAGAUCAUCGAACACACGGAGAAAGCGGUGGACGAGCAGAACGCUCAGACUCAGCAGCAGCUCUUCUCCCUCAGUCCAUCUGAAGAGGACGAGGGGCUGGAGGAGGAAGAGGAGGAGGAAGAGGAAGAAGAGGAGGACAAGCUGUCUCUGCAGUCGUCCUACAGCGCCAAGAACCGUAACACACGAAGAGUCAGUAAGACACCCUGUGAGAAGCUGAUCAGUAAAGGCAGCCAGUCACAGGGCAGCUCUGCAUCACUUCCUGUCCAGACAGGAAGUAGGGAGACCACGCCCACACUCAACACAAAGAUCCUCUAUCCAGGUCUCAGAGGAAUCUCAGCGUCUCUCUCCAGCAGUUCUGUGAUCAGUCGACUGUUAGUCAACGCCGACCCGUUCAGCUGUGACCCCGACAACAUGGACUGCUACACAGAGAAGUGUGUCAUGAAUAACUACUUUGGAAUCGGACUGGAUGCUAAAAUCUCUCUGGACUUCAACAACAAGAGAGACGAACAUCCAGAGAAGUGCAGGAGUCGGACGAAGAACAUGAUGUGGUACGGAGUCCUAGGAACCAAAGAGCUGCUGCACAGAACCUACAAGAACCUGGAGCAGAAGGUUCUACUGGAGUGUGACGGGCGUCCCAUCCCUCUGCCCAGUCUGCAAGGCAUCGCUGUGCUGAACAUCCCCAGUUAUGCAGGAGGAACCAACUUCUGGGGAGGAACCAAAGAGGACGAUACGUUCACAGCUCCAUCCUUUGACGAUAAGAUCCUGGAGGUGGUUGCCGUGUUCGGCAGCAUGCAGAUGGCCGUGUCCCGAGUCAUCAACCUGCAACAUCACCGCAUAGCACAGUGUCGGACGGUGAAGAUCACGAUCCUGGGUGAUGAAGGCGUCCCAGUUCAGGUGGACGGGGAGGCCUGGGUGCAGCCUCCAGGUUACAUCAAGAUCAUCCACAAGAAUCGAACCCAGACCCUCACCAGAGACAGGGCGUUUGAGAGCACCCUGAAGUCCUGGGAGGACAAACAGAAGUGUGAGUUUCUCCGGACCCCCCCUCCUCAGCCCCCUCAGCCCCCCCUCUCAUCCCAGCCAGAGGUUGUCUCUGAAGACGAGGCCUUGCUCAUCAGCGAGUUCGGUCAGGCAGCAGGAGCUCUGAUACACAGUAUCCGGGAAGUGGCUCAGUCUCACCAAAGUCUGGAACAGGAACUGGCUCACGCUGUCAACGCCAGCUCAAAGGCCAUGGACGUGGUCUACGCCAACUCCAAGAACUCUGGGGCUCUGUGCUGCAGCGUGGUCCUUCAGAUGGUCAGUAACGUCAAAGCUCUACUCAGUGAGACUGAACUGCUGCUGGCUGGAAAUAUGUCCAUGCAGCUGGAUCCCCCUCAGCAGGAGCAGUUGAAUGCAGCUCUGAGCUCUGUGGCUCAGCAGCUCCGUCAGCUGGCUGAUGUCCCCUGGUUGUGUCCGGUCAUCGACCCCUCAGACCACGAGGGUCCUCUGACAGAUUUCUCCAAACGCAGCCGGAGCGCUAAGUUUCGUCUCGUCCCAAAGUUCAAAAAAGACAAAAACAACAAGAACAAAGAGACCUGCUCCACCCUGUCUCUACCAGUUCACCAGUGGGGGACGGAGGAGGUGGGGGCGUGGCUGGACUUCCUGUGUCUCACUGAGUAUAAGGACAUCUUUAUUGGACACGACGUCCGCGGAGCCGAACUCAUCCACCUGGAGAGGAGGGACCUGAAGGACCUCGGGGUGACUAAGGUAGGUCACAUGAAGAGGAUUCUUCAUGGCAUCAGAGAGCUCAACAGGAACAGCAGCGCCAGUGAAGCCUGACUGCUGCCAGGGUUUAACCCCAGACAUGGCUCCUCCCACCUGACCUCUGACCUCAGACCAGCAGAUCUGAACACAACCACAUUCUGUGACAUCACAUCCUGAGCUCACUCUGAUUGGACCAGGACAAGCGUUCAGCUCAUUGACACAUCCAAUCAGAUGACCCAUUAGUGCCUUGUCAUCUUACCCACCAAUCAAUCAGAAUCCAGGAGGUAGAGGGGGAGGGGGGGUCAUGUGACAGCUGAGGCAAUGGCGACAACAUGGCCGACAGACGACUCCACGUUAUCAAUGACUGUUCCUGACCCCGUUACGACCCGUGUGACCUUUAGAGUGAUUCAUGUGAAAGAGAAGGACAGACGGAACAGGACCACAAGGAUGUUUGUCACUGGGUUCCAGACUCGGUUCUGCUACAUACAGGAUCCAGUCUUUACUCAGUCAAAGGGCAGAAGACUUUAAAGUUGGUGCAGACUGGUGACAGCAGUGAUCCCGAGACUCCCUGAUACCAGACCUGGUUCUCCAGCAGAGUCAUACGAACCAGGUCUGGAGGCCAUCUUGACCAUGUUGGGGCCGGGUCUGGCCUGGAGAUGGCUCAGGAUAUGGAUGUGUGGACCUGGAUUCUGAGAACCAGCUUCAGUUUAGAGGACUCAGCACUCAAAUCCAGCAUGAAACCUGAAACCAUGCGUGCCCGAUUUUGACCACCAGUCAGUUUUGGCUUCCUUUGAUCUACCUGUCUACUUGACCAACCGGCCAAUCAGAACCUGCUGUGGGUUUCGUGGACAUGUUGGACCGCGGUGAAGCAGAACCCUUUAAACCUCAGUAGAACAUUUUAUGUCCUGCCGAACAGGAACGCUGUGAGGACGGACACUUUCUUCUUAGAGACUUUUGUACUAAAACACAUAUUUAUUUCUUCUAUAAACUCAAGUGGAUGUUUAGAUUUGUCUUUAGAUGUCUUUAAAAACAGGAAGUAGAAAUACUGACGAGGAGACAUCCUGAACCAAUCAGAUGGGCUGAAGAAGACUCUGCUGAGACAUUGUUAUCAGUCAAUGAAGACGAGCUGUGUUUUCUGUGUUGUCUGUCUGUCUGACUGUCUGACUGUCUCUCUCUCUCUCUGUCUCUCUCUCUGUCUCUCUCUCUCUCUCUGUCUGUCUCUCUCUCUGUCUGUCUCUCUCUGUCUCUCUCUCUGUCUGACUGUCUCUCUCUCUGUCUGACUGUCUGUCUCUCUGUCUCUCUCUCUCUGUCUGACUGUCUCUCUCUCUGUCUGUCUGUCUCUCUCUCUGUCUGUCUGACUGUCUCUCUCUCUGUCUGACUGUCUGUCUCUCUGUCUCUCUCUCUCUGUCUGACUGUCUCUCUCUCUGUCUGACUGUCUGUCUCUCUGUCUCUCUCUCUCUGUCUGACUGUCUGUCUCUCUCUCUGUCUCUCUGUCUGCCAGUUUGAGUUCAUGUCAGGUAAAAUCAUCAGUUUACUUUAAACAGCGUCGUCUUGUUUUCAGGGACCAAUCACGGUGAAGACAUUGAUGUGGUUUUUGUAUCAAAUAACUUCAAAGUGUUGAAGAGGUUCUUUAUGGCGACAUCUCUAACAUGUUUAUGAUAAAUGUAUUCAAUAUAUCAGACGGACCGAUCACUCUGAAGCCUUAAAUGAAGUGACAACUUUAUCAAAUAAAACCCAAACAU